CAACCACCACACUUUCAUUUGACGAGGUUGCUUUAGACUUGUCCAGCUACUCUUUCAUUUCAUCUUCUUUCUUGUUUUCUUCUUUUGGUCCCCUACUUUUCCCCUUUUCUUUUUCGAGAGUACCAAACUCCAUACUUUACCCCUCAAGAAAACGAACACUUUCUCCUUUGUCCUCGGCUCCUGUACAACCGAGAUGAGCCACCGACUCCUGAACAGCACAUAGGGUCGUGCAGGUAACAAUUAAGCACCUCCCAAAGGCAGUAAAUCCAACCGUAACAAGCAGCAGCAACAACAACAGCAGCAGCAGUAUGACGGCGGACGAGACGGAAGACGGGUGGCCUCCCGUGGUGGUACCCGACAGAAACUACGGAUUCCCGCGCGACGCCUUCGACCCUUCCCUCCUGCCUGGCGGCGACGUCGAUUUUCUCUCCAAGGAAGACCUCGAGGCCUUCAUCUCAGCACUGUCGGCCCCAGACCCGGCCCAGGCACACGACGAUGGAUCGACGCCGCGGCCGGGCAGCCCUGGGCGCACCUCCUUCGAUAUCACACGGCGGCAGUCGAGCGUGGCAGCACAUGCAGCUGCUGCUGCGGGAGAUGUCUCUGGCCAGGGUAUCAACGGCAGUGGAGGAGGAGCAGGAGGGCACCAGAGAGACAGCCUCUUCAUCACGGCACAAAACGACUGGGCGCCCGUGCACCAGAAGAUUGUUCGCCCAGGAACCAAGGGCGGCAGCAGCAAGGCCAAGAGGCGGCACAAGCGGGCGAAGGCGGUCCAGCCCGGGCGCAGGACCAAGGACGAGACCCGCGAGGGCUACCUGUACGGCCUGCUCAAGUACCCGUUCCUGCUGUUCGUGGGCUGCUGGCUCUGUGGUCUGUCUGCCGCCUACGUCCUGACUCGGUACUACAUCUGGUUUUACGAGUACUUCAUCAGCUGGCGCGGGCGGCGGGAGCAGCUGCGGCGCAACAUGCGAGCGACGGGCAACUAUAAGGACUGGCGUGCCGCGGCGAGGGAGUUGGACGAGUUUCUGGGCAACGCCGCCUGGAAGGAGACGAAUGAGUUUGCCUACUAUGACUGGAAGACGGUCAAGAGGGUGUGGGAUUCUAUGAAGAAGAGCAGGGAGAGGGCCGAGGCAGUUGAGAAGCGACUCGACGACGGCGAGAGUGUUGAGGUGGAGGAGCGGCAGGACGGGGAGAAGGCUGUGGAGGCGCUGCGGGCGCUGCUUACGGCGUGCGUAAAAAACAACUUUGUCGGGGUUGAGAACCCCAGGCUUUAUUCGCAGACCUAUUAUGGGACCAAGAACCUGGUACAGAAUCACGUUGAUGAAGCAGUUGAGAAGAGUCUCAAGUUUAUUCUCGAGACGAAGCAGAUGCAGCUGGAGGAGAAGCGCGACCUCUUCAAGAGCCUGUAUGCCAACUAUGGUCGAACGGCCCUCUGUCUCUCUGGCGGGGCCACAUUCGCCUAUUAUCACAUUGGCGUGGUCAAGGCCCUGCUCGAAGAAGACCUCCUCCCAGACGUGAUUACGGGCACCAGCGGUGGCGCCCUCGUCGCAGGCCUCGUCGCCACGCGCACAAACGACGAGCUGAAGCAACUCCUCGUGCCGGCCCUGGCCCACAAGAUCACGGCCUGCUCCGACCCCUUCUUCACCUGGUUCCGGCGGUGGUACAGCACUGGGGCGCGGUUCGAUAGCGUCGACUGGGCUAAGAAGUGUUCUUGGUUCACCCAUGGCUCCAUGACCUUUCGCGAGGCCUACGAGCGCACAGGUCGCAUCCUCAACGUGUCCUGCGUGCCAGCCGACCCACACAGCCCAACCAUGCUGUGCAACUACCUGACCAGCCCAGACUGCGUCGUGUGGUCGGCAGUGCUGGCCUCUGCAGCUGUCCCGGGCAUCCUGAACCCGGUCGUGCUCAUGAUGAAGCAGCGCGACGGGACGCUGGUCCCCUACUCGUUCGGGCACAAGUGGAAGGACGGCAGCCUGCGCACCGACAUCCCGCUCAAGGCGCUGAACCUGCACUUCAACGUCAACUUCACCAUCGUGUCGCAGGUCAACCCCCACAUCAACCUCUUCUUCUUCUCCUCGCGUGGCUCUGUGGGCCAGCCGGUCACGCACCGCAAGGGCCGUGGGUGGCGUGGCGGGUUCCUGGGCACGGCGGCCGAGCAGUACAUCAAGCUCGACCUCACCAAGUGGCUCAAGAUCCUCCGGCAGCUGGAGCUGCUCCCUCGGUUCGUGGGCCAGGACUGGAGCCAGAUCUGGCUGCAGCAGGGGUUCGGCGGCACCAUCACCAUCUGGCCCCGCAGCAUCCCCAUGGACUUUGUCCACAUCCUGACCGACCCCACGCCGCCUCGCCUGGCCCGCAUGAUCCACGAGGGCCAGCAGUCGGCGUUCCCCACGGUGAAAUUCAUCGCCAACCGCCUCAAGCUCGAGAGGAUUGUUGAGCGCGGGCGGCGGGAGACGAGA